AAAAAAAAAACAAUGAGUAAUCUUAGCGCUCUUGAUAUGGCUCUUGACGACGUCAUUAGCAAAAACCGUAACAACAAACGUAAUAACACUCGUCGUAACACUCGUGGUGGUAUUAACAAGAAUCGUUCAUCUGGUGGUCGCUCUUCGCCUUACAAUGGAGCCAGAUCUUCUCGUAAUACAGCCGUGUCUAGAAAAGUAAACAAUACAAGUCGUAACAGUAAUAGUCUCGUAGUCGCCAACUUGCAUUUUAAUGUUACCGAAAAGGAUCUUUAUGAUCUUUUUGGUCAAAUUGGCCCUGUUAAGCGAGCUUUUCUUCAUAUUGGUCCUAAUGGUAAAUCAGCUGGUAUUGCUGAUGUUGUUUUCCAAUCCUCACAAGAUGCUGAAAGAGCAAAGAAUACAUAUAAUAACGUAGAAUUAGAUGGUCGUCCUAUGCGUAUCUCAAAUGCUUCUCUUAUUUCUGCAGUGUCUUCAAUGAAUACCAAAAAUGAUAAACGAAGUAACAAUAAUAAACCUCGUGGUGGUAGUGGUAAUAACUUCCGUCGUCGUAGAAGAGAAAAUCGUCCAAAGCUAAGCCAAGAAGAUUUAGAUGCUGAUAUGGACAGUUAUAUGGGAAAUGCAAAUGAAGACACUCAAAUGAACUAAAAAUGUCUCAUAUUUACCAAAAUUUGUACGAAAAAAAAAAAAAAUUUUUUUUCUUCUCUUAUUUGUCACUAUUAUUAAACAUAUUACUUAUUGUUAGCUUGUAUCCCUUUUUUUUUUGGAAUUUGUUUCUAUUUAUAUAUUGUAUCCAAAUUUUAGUCAAAUGCUUGUUGUUAAAAAAUAUCCUUUUUUCUCCUUUUCAUUCUAUUCUUUUUGUAGAAUAAAAUAAAUUAAUUUCAUUCAUCCUAUUUUCUAGUUGUGAUAAUGAAAAUAAAAUAAAAUAAAGAUGCCAUC